AUGAGGGUUGCGGCAGUGAAGAAAACCGCGACCGCCGCCUCUUCCUCGUCCAAGUGGCCUGGGACCCCAUCCCCUUCUCCUCCCCUUGCGGGCGCCACCCCAGAGGCCGACUUCGACCUUGGGUCCUUUAGUCCGAAGAGGAAGAGGAGGCCGGAGGAAGAGGAGGAAGAAGACGCUGGCCCAGAGGACAGUGUAGAGGGUAAGGCUCUGACGGGCGACGAGCCCCCGGCGAGCACUCCGCGCUCGCCAGUCCUUGGUACUAACCUUGGCGGUUUCGCAGGAGGAGAGCGGCAAGAGGAGGAGCCACUGAGGGCCACCCCUGACAUGCCGCCCCUUUCGACCACGCCACCCAGAGGGGCGUCGCCGGCAAGGGCACCUACCGCCGAGCCCACGCGCAUGGAGGAGGAGGGGGCAAACAUGGGUGCUGGUGGUUCCGUCCCGGCAACGAACGUUGGUGAGGAGGGAUCCACUUGUUCUCAUCUUGGCACAGACCCUCUCUCGAUGGACCAGGUGGACAUUGACACCAUCAUCGAGGAGGUCGCCAAGGACACCGAAGCUGAGGCCACCAAGAUCGCGGCUGAGGAAGCCGCCAAGUUUGCUGCCGAGAAGGUUACAAAAUACAGUACAGCAUAG